AUGACGCAAAGCCAACGAGGCGGAGCAAACUGGACCGGAGAGGCAGCGAGGGACGGCCUUUCUUCCUCCAUUGCCUCGCUGAGUGAAACUCCACCGCAACACUUGCGUUUGGGUCAGAGUCCAGCAGGUCCAACGGGGAAACGGUCCCACAUUCAAACGGUUCCACAGGGAAACGGUCCCCCGGGGAAACGGUUCCACGUGGAAACGAUCCCACGGGGAAACGGUCCCACGGGGAAACGGUCCCACAUUCAAACGGUUCCACAGGGAAACGGUUCCACGUGGAAACGGUCCCACGGUGAAACGGUCCCACGGGGAAACGGUUCCACAUGGAAACGGUCCCACAGGGAAACGGUCCCACGGGGAAACGGUCCCACAGUGAAACGGUCCCACGGGGAAACGGUCCCACGGGGAAACGGUCCCACGGGGAAACGGUUCCACGGGGAAACGGUCCCACAGGGAAACGGUCCCACGGGGAAACGGUCCCACGGGGAAACGGUCCCACAUGGGAAACGGUCCCACAGGGAAACGGUCCCACGGGGAAACGGUCCCACAGGGAAACGGUCCCACGGGGAAACGGUCCCACAUUCAAACGGUCCCACAGGGAAACGGUCCCACAUGGAAACGGUCCCACAGGGAAACGGUCCCACGGGGAAACGGUCCCACAGUGAAACGGUUCCACGGGGAAACGGUCCCACGGGGAAACGGUCCCACGGGGAAACGGUCCCACGGGGAAACGGUCCCACAGGGAAACGGUCCCACAGGGAAACGGUCCCACGGGGAAACGGUCCCACAGUGAAACGGUCCCCCGGGGAAACGGUCCCACGGGGAAACGGUCCCACAGGGAAACGGUCCCACAGGGAAACGGUCCCACGGGGAAACGGUCCCACAGUGAAACGGUCCCCCGGGGAAACGGUCCCACGGGGAAACGGUCCCACGGGGAAACGGUUCCACGGGGAAACGGUUCCACGGGGAAACGGUCCCACGGGGAAACGGUCCCACAGGGAAACGGUCCCACAGGGAAACGGUCCCACGGGGAAACGGUCCCACAGUGAAACGGUUCCACGGGGAAACGGUCCCACGGGGAAACGGUCCCACAGGGAAACGGUCCCACAGGGAAACGGUCCCACGGGGAAACGGUCCCACAGUGAAACGGUCCCCCGGGGAAACGGUCCCACGGGGAAACGGUUCCACGGGGAAACGGUCCCACGGGGAAACGGUCCCACAGGGAAACGGUCCCACAGGGAAACUGUCCCACAAGGAAACGGUCCCACAGGGAAACGGUUCCACGGGGAAACGGUUCCACGGGGAAACGGUUCCACAGGGAAACGGUCCCACAGUGAAACGGUCCCCCGGGGAAACGGUUCCACGGGGAAACGGUUCCACGGGGAAACGGUCCCACGGGGAAACGGUCCCACAGGGAAACGGUCCCACAGGGAAACUGUCCCACAAGGAAACGGUCCCACAGGGAAACGGUUCCACGGGGAAACGGUUCCACGGGGAAACGGUUCCACGUGGAAACGGUCCCACGGGGAAACGGUCCCACAGGGAAACGGUCCCACAGGGAAACUGUCCCACAAGGAAACGGUCCCACAGGGAAACGGUUCCACGGGGAAACGGUUCCACGGGGAAACGGUCCCACGGGGAAACGGUCCCACGGGGAAACAGUUCCACGGGGAAACGGUCCCACGGGGAAACGGUCCCACAGGGAAACGGUUCCACGGGGAAACGGUUCCACAGGGAAACGGUCCCACGGGAAACGGUCCCACAGGGAAACGGUUCCACGGGGAAACGGCUCCACGGGGAAACGGUCCCACGGGGAAACGGUCCCACAGGGAAACGGUCCCACAGGGAAACUGUCCCACAAGGAAACGGUCCCACAGGGAAACGGUUCCACGGGGAAACGGUUCCACAGGGAAACGGUCCCACAGGGAAACGGUCCCACAGGGAAACUGUCCCACAAGGAAACGGUCCCACAGGGAAACGGUUCCACGGGGAAACGGUCCCACGGGGAAACGGUCCCACGGGGAAACGGUCCCACAGGGAAACGGUUCCACGUGGAAACGGUCCCACGGGGAAACGGUCCCACAGGGAAACGGUCCCACAGGGAAACUGUCCCACAAGGAAACGGUCCCACAGGGAAACGGUUCCACUGGGAAACGGUCCCACGGGGAAACAGUCCCACGGGGAAACGGUUCCACGGGGAAACGGUUCCACGGGGAAACGGUCCCACGGGGAAACGGUCCCACGGGGAAACAGUCCCACAGGGAAACGGUUCCACGUGGAAACGGUCCCACAGGGAAACAGUCCCACAGGGAAACGGUUCCACGUGGAAACGGUUCCACGUGGAAACGGUCCCACGGGGAAACGGUCCCACGGGGAAACGGUCCCCCGGGGAAACGGUUCCACAGGGAAACGGUCCCACAGGGAAACGGUCCCACAGGGAAACUGUCCCACAAGGAAACAGUCCCACAGGGAAACGGUCCCCCGGGGAAACGGUCCCACAGGGAAACGGUCCCCCGGGGGAACGGUCCCACAGGGAAACGGUCCCCCGGGGAAACGGUCCCACAGGGAAACGGUCCAACAUUCAAACGGUCCCACAGGGAAACGGUCCCACAGGGAAACGGUCCCACAAGGAAACGGUUCCACGGGGAAACGGUCCCACGGGGAAACGGUUCCACUGGGAAACGGUUCCACGGGGAAACGGUCCCACGGGGAAACGGUCCCACGGGGAAACGGUUCCACGGGGAAACGGUCCCACGGGGAAACGGUCCCACGGCGAAACGGUCCCACGGGGAAACGGUCCCACGGCGAAACGGUCCCACAGGGAAACGGUCCCACAAGGAAACGGUUCCACGGGGAAACGGUCCCACAGGGAAACGGUCCCACAGGGAAACGGUCCCACAAGGAAACGGUUCCACGGGGAAACGGUCCCUACGGGGAAACGGUCCCUACGGGGAAACGGUCCCACAGGGAAACGGUCCCACAGGGAUACGGUCCCACAGGGAAACGGUCCCUACGGGGAAACGGUCCCACAGGGAAACGGUCCCACGGGGAAACGGCCCCAUGGGGAAACAAAGUCCAGAAAUGUCCCCUUUCACCAUUUUAAGUGGAAACGUCCGUUUCCCACAGAGCUACACGAUGACUCAGUGCUGCAACAGAGAGCCAGAAGCCUCCAUCAUUCAGGCCGAGCUCGCCCAUAAACCUUCCCUCUACGCGCGCCGUGGCUUCCAACACUCACCAGGAAACCCCAACAAACAGCAGCCAGACCUGUCAGCCUAG